AUGACAAAGUACACGCUUUUUUUCUUUCUCUUUUUUCUCCUUCUUUUCUUUACUUUCUUUCUAAUUUUUCUUUCUUUUUUGUUUCUUUUUCUUUCUUUUUUUUUAUUUUUAUUUUUUUUUUUAUUCCUUUUUAUUUUUUUUUUUCUCUCUUUUUUUUUAAACAAUUUAAUUGAAUUAUUCUUUUCUUUUUUUCUUUUUUUCUUUUUUUUCAUUUUCAUUUUCUUUCGUUCUUUAUCUUCGCCCUUCUUUCUUUCUUUCGUUCUUUAUCUUCGCCCUUCUUUCGUUCUUUCUUUCUUCAAAGCCCUUCAAAAUAUUUUUUUUCUCUUUACUUAUUUUCUUAGUCUAAUUUCCCCUCCCUGUAAUAUCCACCCCGUCUUUAAAUCAACAUUCCUUCCCCUUUUUCACAAACCACCCACUGUCUCUUCUGCGCCUCCCCUCACCUCCCCCUUAGACAAAUAA